AUGGCCUUCGUGCCUUUGAGCCGGCCCUCGAAAGCUCAAUCGAAAUUCGACCAUACUCCGAUUCACCCUGAAGCUGAAGGGUUCAACGUACGGCUCAUCUCCGCUUCCGCUCAUCAUCGGACUUAUUUUGACAGUAUCCCACUUUCCGUCUGCUCAACAAACAAAGUCGUGUUACUCUUUCUGCAGAUUAUCUCCUCCCUUCGAUCUCCAGAAAAGUAUUUGCGGUCUCAAACUCCCAAGGGGGAUGGUUUGCCGCUGCCACAUCCCAUGGCAAGCCUCAUCCUCUCUCCGCUCAGCCAACUCCGCGAAUCCGUCAAGCUGGGAAGUGAAACCGUUUUUGUUCCCAAAAUCACAUUACCAUGGGCUGCUAUAAGUAUCGCCUUUGGCUGCGCCGAUUCUCGACUUUUUGCUGGAACUGAGCAAGGCCGAAUCCUCGUAUUCGACACCACCCAUCUCUUUACAUCUUCCACACCGGUUGAUCCAAUACACGUCUUGGACACUUCUACCAGUCCUCCUCUCCAAAUCUUGCCCAACCCCAGCGGUGACCAUGACCUGUCUCAGCUGUUAGCUAUCGUCAGAGCGGACGGAACCGCGCAAGUCCUGAGUGCGCAGAUGGAGCAUCGAGCUGGAUGGAUGGGCUCGAAUGCGGAAGACAGUCCUGUUGUUGCUGCAUGGUCUCCCAAAGGCAAACAAAUUGCUCUAGGGUUGAGGGCGGGUGACAUCAUGACCUUCGGAUUGACGGGUGAUCCAUCCCCCCUCAAGCAUAUCCCCCCUACUGCUGACGGGCUAUUGGUUUCGCUGCAAUGGAUCGGCCCCUUGCACACAUUCCGAACCAGCUACGCGUCCGCCGGAAAUCCUCCUGACCAUAUCGUUCACCUUGAUUCACGGUCGAACACUGGUGGAUUUGUUCAAAUGACACAUCCGUUCACCAUGUCGGGUCGAUCUCAGAAUGCGCAUGUACUGGUUCUUCCGAGAUGGGAUCAAGAGGCCACUGCAGAGCAUAAGGUUCUGCUUAUUGUUGGAGAUACAUCAUCCACCGACCUUGAAGUAGUAGCGAACGUGGGUUCCCGUUGGUUUCAGCAAUCGCAGGAGAACCCUCUCAACGUCCCCUUGGACAAAAACGACGAAGACACUUUCCUGCUCAGUCUUGAUGUUGAUCUCACCGAUGAAGUGCCUGUGAUGUAUGCCUACUUGAACGAUGGGACAGUUCAGGCUUGGUAUAUCUGUCAUCCAGAUGGGACACCCUACCCAGGGCUUAUUUCCAGCACCGCCCCCGAGAAAGCUCUUAAUCAACCCCCGGAUGGCCUAUCAAUUUCAGAAAAACCGAUGACCACUUCCCCCUUCGGACACAUGAACUCUGGCAGUUUUUCUGCAUUCUCGAUUCAAUCCAGUACAUUCACUCCCCCGCCACCGAUGUCCCACUCCCCCUCCAUCUCAAUGGAAGAUAGCACCGGCUUUGGUGGCAUGUCUCUGGGCAAUUCAACUUCCGACAAGCCCAAGCCAAACAGUAACGUUUUCGGGCCACCUGCGCCUCUGCCAUUGCCUCCUGACCAUCCGGCGAAUCAUCCGACACCACCAAAAAUGGCAUCGUUCUCGGAUCCGGUCUUGGUUAGGCCGGCGAGCGGAUUCGGAGCAUUUGGGGGUGGCCCGACCGGCGGGGCUUUUAGCAACCCCAAACCCAUCACCUCAUCUAGCGUCACGGCAUUUGGUGCAUCGCCAGAUGUUGCAACUGCAUUCGGCAGACCAUCGCUGGGGGGCGCAACCUUUGGACAGUCGGGUUUUGGCCAGAGUCAGAGCUCUUUCGGCCAGACAGGAUCGGCAUCCACAGGCAAUGCCAACUUUGGGUCCUCUACUUCUGCCGGCGGGGGGUUCACGGCUUUUGCAUCUUCCGCCCCAAGUACGUUUGGUGUCCCGACCAAACUUCCGUCUCUUGGAGGAUUCUCCAAGUUCGCGUCGUCUGGUGGCUCGAAUGCAUUUGUAGCAGCUGCUAACGGAACGAAUUUAUUCGCUCCUGCCAGCGAAACAGUGUCUGCCUCGUCGAACACGCCGUCGAUGAACGUGUCUGACACCACGAGCGAUCCCAGUCCCUUCGGCAAGAGCUCAUCGUCAGCCGCUCCGUUUGGAAAACCCCAGUCCGGUGGAUUCAGCUCGUUCGCAUCGAAUACAUCAUCUCCAUUCAGUGCCGUUCCUAUUAGCAGCUCAGCCCCGGUUGCGCAUGCUUUCAGCAAUCUGACUUCGUCCUCCACUCCGGUGUUCGGCCAAACUACUAACGCUUUUUCCCGCCAAGACCCGGACAAAGGCACAUCGACCCCGGCCGGCGCAUUUGCGAAUAUGAAAAAUGCAUCACCGACAAGUGUGUUCAUCAAGCCCGCUUCGGGGGCUUUCACAGAUGGCCAGUCAACCUCUCCUUUUCUGGGGUCGUCGAAUCAAGCACAGCCUCAGCGAGUAUCUGCAUUCGGACCCUCAGCGGGAUCGACAUCGACAGCAAAUCCAGCAUUUAGCUCUCCGUCUGUGCUCAAAUCUGCAUUCGAGACACCGCCGAAAGCAAGCGGGAGUCCGUUCGGUGCCUUCCAAGGAACCCCAGUGAGCUUGAAUUCUGUCCCUGUGUUCACACCACCUCCGGGGAAGGAGAAGGACACUGCCCCGCUGUCCCAAGCGAGUUCGUUUGUGGAGGUGGAUAGAGAAGAUCAUGCACAGAGCGAAGGUGAUCGGGAAGAAGCCCAUCUUGGAGAGGGAGAACUUGAGGAGGGCGAACUCGAGUAUGAAGGUGAUAUCGGCGACGAAGAUGAUCUCGCCGCAUUUUUGUCAGAGGGUUCUGAACUGGGUCCUGAGGAAGACGAGGAAGAAGACUUCACACCGUCGCGUUCACCUUCGCCGACGCCUUCCGAUGCAUCUGAGGCAUCCCGACUCUCCACAAUCAGAGAGGAAAGCACAACUCCUCCCGGUAGCCCAGAAAAGAAAACCACGCCGUCAGUGCCCAUUGCAGUUCCGUCUCCGACCGCAGCCGGCUCAGGCCCAUCGCUGUUCGGAAUAGGACUCGGCCGGCCAAGCACGAGGCCCACACGCAGCUCCCCUCUUGCUGGCCCCUCCACUUCGGCCGAGGAAAUCAAACCUCCGCAAGAAGCAGCAUGGAAACCACAGCCGCAUGUGAUUGCGAGCAAUCCAGACGAGAGCAAACCACCACGGGCCAAGACGCCUCCACUUUCAGCAUUGUCGUUCCCUAGUUCCAAACCCAGUCUCCCCGUCAAGACGCCGCUUUCAGGGAAGCUCUUCGGAAACGAUUCACCGACUCCAAUUGUCCCAUCGAAGGGUCUUUUCGAGCCGGUGAGUCCCGUGGUCAAGCCAGUUGCUCCCAUGGGCAAGCCGGUCAUUCCCGUCGCCAACCCUGCCGUUCCAGUGGUCAGGCUCCCUGUGUCAGAUACCCAUGCAAGGCCAAUUGCGGUGCCGCCGACCCCUAGUCCAGCUCCCCCGGCUGUGAAAUCCGGACCUCCUCCCAUGGAGGAAGGAUUGCAGAAAGAAUGUGCACUGCUGUUCCAGACCAUGACCCGAGAAUUGGACAAUUUCCGCGUUCUUGCCCAAGCCGCUUCUCAAAAGCGAAUGGAACUGGGCAGUUCUGCCGGCGGCUCCCGCCGGGCAUCUGAUCUGGGCAACCGCGCAAGAUGGAAUCUGUCGGAUGCAGUGCAGUUUGGUUUAACACUGAGGUCGUACGAGAAGGACCUCGAUGCGCUCAAAGAGAACAGAGCGACGUCACAAAAGUCCGUGCGGGAGUUACGGAGUAAUUUGCUCAAAGCUGGAACCAAGCGCGAGGAGAUCGGACGAUUCAUCAAGGCCCAACACGACCCUGAGUUCGCGAAGAUGCUCAAAUCCCGAUCGCUUGGACCGGAACAUCUGGAGACACAGAGUGUAUUGAGACGUGGUAUCCGGCAACUGCAGGACCGUGUUCAGAAAUUGGAGGGUCACUUGGAGGAGUCUAAAAAACGGCUUAGCCGAGCUAACAGUGGGACUGCGGGUCUUCGCGCACCAACGUUGGACACACUCAAUCGCACGUUCCGCAACAUGGACAUUGCUCUGGAUAACCAAACGGACGAUGUUGACCGCCUCACGACUCGUAUCGCCAAACUAGAAGUCGCUGCCAGCAGCAGUACACCCACGAGAGACCCGCGACUACCUGGAAUAGGACAUCGCCCUCCAAAAGUCACGCCUCACGUUGCGGUCACAACUGCCGCUGCGCUCAAUGCUGAGCGCACAGCGCAAAAGCUCAAGCGCGCACUAUUGCUCGUACGUAAGGAACCAUUGAUGAACACCCAGGCUGCGCUGGCACCGGCCCCGCCGUCCGUGUUCAGCACACCGUUGCGGCCGGGUGCGGAUCUGAGCACCCCAGUGAAAGGGAUUUCGCUGGGACUGACUGCAUUCGCACCACCUUCGACAUUGCCUGCCUUCGAUCCCAGCUCUUUUGACUUGCCAGCGGACAACUUCAAUCCAUCCCCGCCACCCGCGACGAGAAGAGGGGCAGGCACCAAAAGUCGGGUUUCAGGCUCCGUCCCACUCAAGAGAACUAGUCCCGCUCAUCAGCCGUCAUCGUUCGACUUUGGACCUCUUCCAACUCUGGGACAUUCUCCGUCGCCAUCACCGGCUCCUGUAUUCGACUGGGGUCCGAUUCCAGCAUUCAAUAAACCGUCGAGCACACUUCCAGGCUUCAAUGUCAGCUUGCUCUCUUACUCGAUGGAAUACCCUGUUGGUCUGCCCGCGCAGUCUCCCCUGCUGACUAUCACUCAUCCCAAGGACACGCUUUGGGUUAUUGAAUUGCACAAUGGGGCCGACAACCGCUUGACUCCCGACUUUGUGCAAUUGGCCAUCAAGCCUGCAUUGGAUGUUGUCGAACGUCAUUGGCGGGAACAGUGGCGCGCCGUACCCAAUGACGCCAAGGACAAAUCGGGAGGGAAUGGUGCACUUGUGAUAGUCGGAGGCAGGAACCAGGACAAGUUCUUCAGUAACGGUCUGAAUUUGUCCUUGGUGCCGCUCAACGGCAUCUUUUUUUCAGUCAUUUUUAACCGCCUUCUUGAUCGUAUCAUGCGAUUCCCUAUUCCCACUAUCGCAGCUAUUAACGGACACUGCUUCGCUGGCGGAUUCAUGCUCAGCCUCGCUUGUGAUUAUCGCGUAAUGACUGAUGGGAGCCAACGGAAUGCAUGGGUGUGCAUGAAUGAGGUCGACUUUGGUGCACCAUGGCCUCACUCAUUCGCAGGAGUGCUAAAUGCCAAGAUCUGUGACGGACCGACGAGGCGCAAGAUUGCUCUGGAGGGCCAUCGUUUCACUCCGCCUGAAGCGCUUAAAGCCGGCAUCGUGGAUCAAAUCGUGACUGGCAACACUGCUGCGAUCUUGGAAGCCGCGGAACAGCUGGGAUUGAAGGUUGGCGUCAAAGCACAAGGCGGUGUGUGGGGAUUGAUCAAAAACGAUAUAUACUACGAUGCAUUGGAAGGCUUGAAGAAAGAUCCGAGAGAGAUUAGUCCGUUGGUUGACGACCUUGCUGCAAAGGCGAGAUUGUAGAUCAGCGUCUUCAAAGAGAUUACAUAGACUUUGCCAGUCGAUCUGUCUGUCCUUGACACGAAAUCAUACUUUCCGGAAACAAGACAUGACGAGGGGCAAGAUGGACACCCGAUCUCG